GUUUUCUUUUCAGGUGAACGAGAGGCUCGCCAUCAACGUGAGCAACAGUCCUCUGUCGCAAGUUGGUGGAGUUGGUGGCGUUGGGGUAGUGUCCGCGGCGGAGUACAGCGGCAUGGGAGCCGGCGGCAGAGGCGAUCGGCAGAGGAUAUCCCUCUUGCCGCCUGUCGGCUCCUCGGUGACGUCUAUACCAUCUCCUUCUGCCGCCGCCGCAUCGGACUACCAGCAACAUGCGGCGGCGGCGAGGAACCCGCCGCGAGUAGGCCUCAUGCCCGUCCAGCCUGAUCAGUAUUGCAGUCGCACCCCCGUCGACAUGUCCAGUCUGCAGCAGGAUGCACCGCCCUUUAAGAAGAUCCGUCUGGGGCCGCAUCAGCAGGUCCAACAGCUGCAAUCGCAGCCUCAGCCGCGUUGCCUGUCGCCCGCGGACCCAUGCGGGGGCAAGCAGGAGCAACAACAACAACAACAUGUCGUGCAGUUGCAACAGCCACUUAGGAUAGACACCAGGGAGCAGCCUGCCGUAGGAGCGUACACGCCGCAAACGGAAGCUAUUUCGCCUACGCUUCCCGAGCCGAAUACGCAGGAGGAUGCACAAUAUAGAAGUACCAAGGACGAUCUCUUACAGCAAAUUGGUAAAGUCGACAGAGAGAUUGCUAAGAGGGAAAAUCAAUUGAACAUGUUGCGGAAGAGAUUAAAAGAACUGGAAGAAACAGCAAAUAAGCCUCUGGAAGUAAAGGACACUGAGGAACAGUCACAGCAACCAAAGCAUCAAUCGAUGGCGCAAAAGGUCUACGCUGAGAAUAGGAGAAAGGCAGAAGAAGCUCAUAGACUUUUAGAAAGACUGGGCCCCAAAGUAGAGCUACCUUUGUAUAAUCAACCGUCGGAUACAAGCAUAUACCAAGAAAAUCGUACACGGCAUCAAACAUGUAUGCGAGCCAGACUCAUAGCUAGGCUUCGGAGAGAACACGCCGAGCGCGCGUCUCUUCAUCGGCAGCAGUCUCAAACGUACGCCAUUUUGGUUCAAGAGUGGCAUCGUAAGGUGGAACGGUUGGAGGCAACGCAGAAGAGGAAAUCGAAAGAGACAAAGAAUCGCGAGUUCUUCGAGAAGGUGUUCCCUGAGUUGCGAAAGCAAAGGGAAGACAAGGAGCGUUUUAACAGAGUUGGUGCUCGCAUCAAGAGUGAAGCUGAUCUUGAAGAAAUAAUGGACGGUUUACAAGAACAAGAGGAAGAAACAUUGCAAGAUUUAAAAAAUUCCAUUAAAGCUCGUCAGAUGGAGGAUAAGAAGAUGCGUUCGUAUGCAGUUAUACCGCCUCUGUUGUUGGACGCGAAGCAACGAAGGAUCGCGUUUCAAAAUCGGAAUGGAUUGCUCCAACCAGAGGAAUUAGAAGCUCUUCACAGCGAACGUAAAUUAAUCAAUGUGUGGAGUUCGGUAGAGCACGAAUUGUUCAAAGAGAAAUACCUUCAGCACCCUAAGAACUAUGGAGUGAUAGCUCAAUCGUUAGAACAUAAGUCCGUUCCAGAUUGUGUACAUCACUACUACCUCACUAAAAAAGCAGAAAAUUAUAAACAGCUUCUACGAAAAUCGCGCCAACGGACGCGUAGCUCUCGGAAUAAUCCGAAUAAUAAAGUAAAUAAUACCAGCUCGACCAUCGGACCUAUAGAUAUUUUAACGACAGGCGUAACAACAAGGUUACAGCGGGAGCAGCAACAAAAGACUCAGGAGAAUCCUCAGAACAGUUCGACAACGGCUACGUCUACAUCCACAACUAGCACCACGGUCACAUCGAGUGUAUCGUCAACAACUGUUGCAACUACGGCAGUAACGACGACGACGAGUCCUUUGAGCUCGAUAGCGUCGGGCGUUAGCGUAACGACGGAUUCCAUAACGGCGUCAACGACAACGACAACGACAUCUGUCCUGAACACCACCGCGACGUCGAGCGUCUCAACGACGUCGACGGCGCCCAGCGCGAAGGAUUCCAGGGAGGCGAGUAAGGAGAAUAAGGAAAACAAAGUCGAUUCGAAGGAAUCUCAUUUCAUAAAGGUAGAGUUGAAAGAGGAACCGCAAGAGCCAACGUCGGGGAAGGACAUUAAAGUAAUAAUGGAAGGGAAAGGCACGCUGUCAUCAUCUGCGUCUUCAUUGAAUAACGCGACGAACGUUUCGACCAUCCAAUCAGAUUUCAAGGAAUCCAGUAAAAAGAAGCCAAGUUGCAGGGAUUCGAGCAGUGGUGCUAAUGUGGCAGCUAGUAGUAGAAUAAAAGACAAGAAGAAGGAGAAUCAUACUCCUAUGGAGACCAGUGACGAGGAGGCACCGUCGAUCGACGUCAUCGAAGGUGGCAGGCAGAUAGGGCCUCACGCUUGCACGGUGUGCCAAAACGUCGUCGAGGGAAGCGCGCAUAGCCGCGCGUUACCGCGUAGCCAAGCGUCGCAGUACGGCCUACGGGAGGACCAAGUGCCGCCCGGUGCGCGCGUCUGCAACACCUGUCGUUGCAAGGCCGUCCGAGGACGUUACACCGCCUGCCCGCUGCCGGGCUGUCCGAAUCUGAGCAGCUCCAAGUCGAGAGUGAAGCGACUGAGAGCGUUGCCCUCCAAGUGGCUCGACCUGCCGCCGGAGAUCCGGGAGCCAAUCGCUCAAGAAUUCCAAAUACCGAACAGCGCGACGAAAUGCUGCUCGGCCUGCUUCAGCCGAAUAUCGCGCCGUUUAGCGCCACAUCUCGCCGGCGGUACCGAAGUGUCCGAGGAUGGUGCCGAUGCGUUGUCGCGUCAGUGGACGGACGAGGAGCUCGAGCAGCUCCGCAGGGCGCUCCGGGAACACGGUACCAAUUGGCCAAAGGUCGCCGAGCAGAUACCCGGCAAGACGAAUCAUCAAUGCAAAAACUAUUACUUUACUUACCGAAAGAAACUGAGUCUCGAUCAGGUCGUGGCCGAGUAUUACGCUUCGUUGGGUGAGGAACGAAGACCGUGUCUGACUGAUGAAGAGGAAAGCGGUAGUAGUACCAGCAGCUGUGAUGAGCUAGCUGUUCACGAUUCGAGUGACACAGCCAGCGCAGGAAGUCCAACUAUGACGAGCAGUAACGCAGCAUCGAGUGGUACUACAGCGACAUCGUCAUUACCGAUGUCUUUCCAACGAUCCACCGAACAGAAACUUGGCGAGAAACUCUCGGAUAUAUCCGUGGUAUCACUCGUGCCACCCGGAUCGUCUCAUCAGUCUUCCAGUAGCGGAACCGCUACCGCUACAUCCGGUGGCAGGGAAGAUUACGACAGCUCUGCCACGGAGACAGCGGACGAAGGUCAGGGAGGUGCUGACUUAGAUAAUGGCAGUGUUGUGGUGACUCUGACAACAUCUAGUAGUAAUACGACAUCGUUGCAACAACAGAGUCAACAACAAAGCCAACAUCCACAACCACCACCAAUUGUUCAUUCGCCACCUUCAACAACGAGUAAUUCCAACCCGCUUACUGUUAAGGAUCUUAUGCUUGGGGUCAUCGAGAUGCAACUAAAACGUGCGCCGAACUGUCCACCACCCGACGGCGGUGGUUCGUCAGCACCCAAUAGCUCUAGCACUCCAACGAUAUCUAGUAUCUUGAAGACCGAUCAUCGUAACGAGAUAACGUAUGUCCGUGGUUACAAAUCGUCAUCAAACAUGGCGAACACUGCGUUGUCUAAUAGAGAUACAAAUCUAGCAACACUCUCCGUUGUUUCGGGGCCGCAUCAUGCUCAUCGUUCUGCUCCCAGCCCUCAGCAGAUUGGCCAGAUGCAGGCCACCAUUACUCCUUGUCCACCAGCUGUGCCGAGUAGUCAAGCUUCUUCUUCGGACUUGCUGCCUAAGGAAGGUUUGGUCGUUAUGCAAGUGCAACAAGCGCUUCGAGAAACGGAAGGCACGUUAGAUUUGAGUAUCAAAAAACCAAGACUACAACAAGAUUACAAUCAUUCGAUGCAACUUCACAAGCCGCCGACGGUCACACUCUAUCGACCGGAACCACCACCGGGCGCGUAUUAUCAUCCUCACGCGCCUCAUCCCGAGCAAGGACGUGGCGCGAAAAGUCCAUUAAUUUAUGCUUCGUCACCGCGACCGCAAGCACCUAUUACACCCAAGAUGAACAAAGUCACCGUACCACCGCCUCAUCCGAAGCUAUCUCCGAAAUUGAGCAGCAUGGGCACACCGGGUCACAAGGGUGGCUCCAUCACGCAUGGCACGCCUGUAUCCACGGCGCGUUAUGAAGGUCUUUUGCGACAAAUGACGCCGCCCGGUAAUCCGACAGUUACUGGUGCUCCGAACGCUAAUGAACGAGGCGGCGGCAGCGUUGUCAAUGCCGGCUCCGCUGUCUCGGGAACGCCAAAAGAUACAGGUGGUUCAAUUACUCAAGGUACGCCGGUGCUUCCAUUCGCGGUAGACAAACGCAGUACGCCCAUAUACGAUUAUCAUCGUACCAUCCGACAUUCGCCUGUCACGAGCGGUGGCAAUGUUCCACCACCACCACCGGGACAGGGUCCUACAAGUCAGGCGUCGCCUGUGGUAGUGAGCCAUGGCGGCAGCCAGUACACUUCUUAUUCCACCCCCGGGCGACCGCCACCUAGUUACACGAUGGAGCAGCAAUUAUCCAGCCGGCAGAUCAUCAUGAACGACUAUAUCACAAGUCAGCAGAUGCAUGCGCGUGCUCGUGGUAGUAGUAACGCUGGUGGAUCUGUUGCUGCUGAGACAACUGUUAAAAGCGAGCCGCCACCGCCGUCGUCGUCCACUCUCUACUAUACCAGUACGCCUCCUCCAUCACAGACACACACGCAGCCGCGACAAGGCGUCAUUCAGAGGCACAAUCCGCAAAAGCAAAUGCACUAUCCACCACCGCCACCUGGUUUGGAAGCGUUCUCCAGUUUAGUGGAUGUGGCAGUACAGCAACCCAGUCUUCCGGUGCCACAUCCGCACGGCCAUCCAGCAGCAUCCGGUAGUGGUGGUCACGAGGGACUCGGUAAAACAAUGGCGGAUCGCUUGUUGGCUGACCGUUACGACAAUAAUCGAGCGUUUCGCGAGCAAGAGAUACAGCGGCUACAGGAACAUCGUAUGGCGGCAAUGCAGGCCGCGGAACAUAGAUUAGCAGUAGCGGCUGCGGCGGUGCAACAUCAACGCGACCGAGAUAGAGAACGCGAUCUCGUUCAUCUGCGGGAAAAGGAGGAACAACGUUUGCAUCGCGAAAAGGAAUUUCAACAGUUGGAGCACCGUCUUGCGAUACAGCAGCAUCAUCAGCAACGUGAAAAGGAUCUCCAGCAGCAAGAGCAUCGUCUCGUCCAACGAGAGAAGGAUAUACAUGCCGAGAAUGUUCGUUUAUUACAGCAAGCCCGGGAAAAGGAUAUCCAACACGAGCACCGGCUACAUCAGCAGCGGGAAAAGGAAAUACAUCAACAAAUGGUAGCGGCUGCUGUGCAACGCGAGAAGGAGCAUGAACAUCGACUGGCUGUACAACAGCAACGCGAGAAGGAGAUGCAGCAGCAGGAGCAGCGACUUGCCAUUCAGCAACAACGCGAGAAGGAGCACGCCGAACAUCGCUUGGCCGUGCAGCAAGCUCAUCGUGAACGGGAUUUGGUGCUUCAUCAACAACAGCAGCAGCAGCAACAACAACAGCAGCAUCAACUUCAGCAGCAUAUUCAACAGCAACGUAUGGAGGCCGAGAGACGACACAUGGCGCAACUAUACAGAGAUCAACAGCAACAACAAAUCGAUAGAGAUUCGUCGAGACUAUUAAGCAGCGGAUUGUCACAGUCCUCCAGGCUGCAGCAAUCUCAGCAGUCUCAACAACAGCAGCAACAGUCGUCAUCGUCGUCAUCGUCGCGACAGAGUCAAUCCUCCAAUCAGCCGAACGAGACUCUCACAGCCGCCAGUCUGAUUGACGCUAUCAUCACUCAUCAGAUCAAUCAGAGUGUCGAUAAUUCUAGUGCAAGCGGAUCCUCGGCCAAUCAACCCGCGCGUGCGGGCGACCGUCUCUUUCAGGGAUUUCAACGCGAAACUCAGCAAGAACCUAAUGGUAUAGCCCAUAGUCCCGCUGGUGAAGGUAGCGGCGGUGGAAGUGGAGGAAGUGGCAGCAACAAAGCAAUCACUUUCGGCGAACAUGUUGAUCAUGUUGUCUCUAAAGAUUAUAACACGCCUCAUUCGUCGUACAGAUCUUAUGGAUAUCAAGUUUCCGAAGAUCAGUGGAAGCGACGAAAAAUUAAUGAGCCGGACUCGGUGAAGACCGGAGAUGAGCGUCAAAUAAUACGCGUCGCGCAACAGCAGCAGACGCAGCAGCAUCAGUCAUCGGGAAAGCAGCAAUACCAUUCGGUCGAGCCAGUUUCGCCGCCGGAGGCAACUACUAAUCAUUACGGACGUCGCUUCUACGAAUCGAGCACUGCCACAUCCACUUCCGGAACUCCCUCCAACAAGCCGCAUCAGAUAUCGCCGUUCGAUUAUGUGAAGAACAAGAUCGUCGAGGUGAUGCGUACUGAGGACGACAAGGCCGGUGGUGGCGGCGGCGAUGGUGGUGCGGGUUCCGACAGGAACGGAGGCGGUAAUUCCGUCGUUGUAUCUGAGAAGGAUGAAAAGGGGGCUAGUGCGGGAAGUAUGGAGAGAAGCCCGUCGAAUGGUGGCAACGGAAGCGGCGGCGGCAGCGGCGGAGGCGGAGGCGGCGGUGGUAGUAGCGGAAGUAAUGAGAUGGUGGUCGACGAUGCGGGUGGACCGAAUUCAAGUACACGUGAACAACCACCGCCGCCACCCGCGCCUGCAGCUACCACCACGUUCUAUCCAUUUAGUGCGUUAGGGGUACACACGGGACCACCGCCGGCUCCGCCACCCGCCACAGCCACGUCCGUCUCUGUGACGAAAUCGGAACAGAUGCAGGCCGAGCCGGCGCCGUUGCUCUCCUCGCAAUAUGAGCCGCUCUCGGAUGAGGAUUGAUAGUCCUCUAUAACCGCUCAGCGUUGUAACUGUUCUUACGCUAAACUGGCAUAUGCUAGCACGACGAUGCACGGCUAUUACGGAUGCAGAGAAAUGCUGUGGCAUACGUCUUUUUAGGAUACUCGCAGAUGAUCAUCGAUUGAAACAAUGAUUGGUUAUAUUGGACGAUUUAUCGACGCUUUACGGGCAAUCAGAAGCCACACUGCGUUCUUGUCGGUCGCCAAAUCCUAAUCUAAUUUAAGAGACUUCUUCUUUUUAUAUAUACGCAUAUAAUAUGCAUAUGUAGAUAUAUACAUAUAUAUAUAAAUGAGAAUUUGCGAUCUCCGGCGAGGUAAGUGGAGAAGUAUGAUGUUUUAAACAAAGUCCCACACACAUAUUGUUGUUUUACGAACUCUUUGUAACUUGAUUGUAUUUUUAGUCAAAGAUCAUUCCCGCGUUAUGCAAAGAGAGGUAAACACACAUACAUUUACGAAACGAAUACUUGAUUUUAUUUACCUUCUCACGGUGUUGCGCUGGUUUUCACUUAAAUACAUAGCGACGAAUAGUUUUAUCUAAUAAUUAGUUUUUUGCGAUGUAUAAUUUAUAAUGUCGAUAUGGACAUUAAAAUUAUCUGUAUAAAUAUAUGUAUAUGUACACGUCAACGUGGAAAAAAACCUAUUACAUUUGACCCCCGUGAUUUUGAUGGGAUCCUUUUUUAAAAUCUCGCGAGUUAAUUGUACAGGUUCGGAUUUUAGUUUAGCGAAAUUUUAUUAACGCGAUGAUUUCAAAAACAUUGUUACAUGAUCGUUAAGUAACAUGUACUCGCCUAUACAUAUACAUAUUUUUCACUUUUUAGGUUUUUCGAUACUCGCAGAUGUAUAUGUGUACGUUAGCGUUUCAUUUCGCAAAGGAAACAAACCGGGAUCGGCACUCGAUAUAUAUCCAUUCUAUUUCGUAUGUGUACUGAUAUACCGAGUGCGCGAAGCUUUAGUCGUUCGAUCGAGGUGAAUUAUUAUUUUUUACGUUGACUUGGGCUUGAUCAGUCCGCAAAAAGACGUCGGUAUACGCGCAAGCAUUCGAUCAGUGAAACAUCUAGAUCUAUAUAUGUAUAUCCCAUGUUCACAAUACAGACGCUUCUUUUGUACAUAACUGAAAAAAAAACUAUAUAUAUAUAUCGUUAAGCGAUAAUAAUAUACAACGCUAAUGAA